CUCCAGCAACAAAGAAAAGUAGUCGGAGAAGGAGCGGCGACGCCGUGUCUCCCGCCCCUCCUCGCCUAGGAAGGCCGAAUACAGUCAUGGCCACCCAGGUAAUGGGGCAGUCUUCUGGAGGAGGAGGCCUGUUCACGGGCAGUGGCAACAUUGGCAUGGCCUUGCCUAACGACAUGUAUGACUUGCAUGACCUCUCCAAAGCUGAAUUGGCUGCGCCUCAGCUUAUCAUGUUGGCAAAUGUGGCCUUAACUGGGGAAGUAAGUGGCAGCUGCUGUGAUUACCUGGUUGGUGAAGAAAGACAGAUGGCAGAAUUGAUGCCUGUUGGAGAUAACAACUUUUCAGAUAGUGAUGGAGAAGGACUUGAGGAGUCCCCUGAAAUAAAAGGUGAACCCAGUGGACUGGAAAACAUGGAACUGGAAAGUUUGGAACUCAGUGUUGUAGAACCACAGCCUGUGUUUGAGGUCUCAGCUACUGCCCCAGAAAUUUACAGCUCCAGUAAAGAUCUUCCCCCUGAGACACCUGGAGCAGAGGACAAAUGCAAGAACUUGAAGAGCAAACCUUUUCGCUGUAAGCCAUGCCAGUAUGAAGCCGAAUCUGAAGAACAGUUUGUGCAUCACAUCAGAGUUCAUAGUGCCAAGAAAUUUUUUGUGGAAGAAAGUGCAGAGAAGCAAGCAAAAGCCAGAGAAUCUGGGUCUUCCACUGCAGAGGAGGGAGAUUUCUCCAAGGGCCCCAUUCGCUGUGACCGCUGUGGCUAUAAUACCAAUCGAUACGAUCACUAUACUGCUCACCUGAAACACCACACCAGAGCUGGGGAUAAUGAGCGAGUCUACAAGUGUAUCAUUUGCACAUACACCACAGUAAGCGAAUAUCACUGGAGGAAACACUUGAGAAACCAUUUUCCAAGGAAAGUAUACACAUGUGGAAAAUGCAACUAUUUUUCAGACAGAAAAAAUAAUUAUGUUCAACAUGUUCGAACUCAUACAGGGGAACGCCCAUAUAAAUGUGAACUUUGUCCUUACUCAAGUUCUCAGAAGACUCAUCUAACUAGACAUAUGCGUACUCAUUCAGGUGAGAAGCCAUUUAAAUGUGAUCAGUGCAGUUACGUGGCCUCUAAUCAACAUGAAGUAACCCGCCAUGCGAGACAGGUUCAUAAUGGGCCUAAACCUCUUAACUGUCCACAUUGUGACUACAAAACAGCAGAUAGAAGUAACUUCAAAAAACAUGUAGAGCUACAUGUUAAUCCACGGCAGUUCAAUUGCCCUGUAUGCGACUAUGCAGCUUCCAAGAAGUGUAAUCUGCAGUAUCACUUCAAAUCCAAGCAUCCUACUUGUCCUAAUAAAACAAUGGAUGUCUCAAAAGUGAAACUAAAGAAAACCAAAAAGCGAGAGGCUGACCUGCCUGAUAACAAUAUUACCAAUGAAAAAAAAGAAACAGAACAGACAAAAAUAAAGGGGGAUGUGGCUGGAAAGAAGAAUGAGAGGUCUGUAAAAGUGGAGAAAAAAGAUAAUGUUUCAAAAGAGAAAAAGUCUUGUAGUAAUGCUUCAACUCAAGUGACUACCAGAACUCGCAAAUCCGCAAUGGAAACUAAAGAAAUGGAUGUGCAUACAGGAAAUAAUUCAGAAACAACCUGUAAAACCAAGAAAAGCAAAAGGAGGAUGGAAGCUGAAGCCCAUUCCUUAAAAGAUCCUGUUAAUGAUGAGGAACCUAUGACAAAAAAGAAAAAGAAGGCAGAAAGCAAAUCCAAAAAUAGUCAGGAAGUGCCAAAAGCUGAUAGCAAAGUAGAGGAGACUAAAAAGCAAAAUACUUGCACGAAAAAAAGUACAAAGAAGAAAAGUCUGAAAAAUAAGUCAAGUAAAAAAGGCAGCAAGCCUGCUCAAAAGGAGCCUGCUCAGAAGGGGCCUGUUCAGAUGGAGCCUUCUCCUCCCAGGGGGCCUGGUCAAAUGGAGUCUUCUCCUUCCAAGGGGCCUUCUCAGAUGGAGCCCUCUCCUUCCAAGGGGCCUUCUCAGAUGGAGCCCUCUCCUUCCAAGGGGCCUUCUCAGAUGGAGCCCUCUCCUUCCAAGGGGCCUUCUCAGAUGGAGCCUUCCCCUUCCAAGGGGCCUUCUCAUUUGGAGCCUUCUCCCAGGGGGCCUGCUCAGAUGGAGCCACCCCCUCCACCUCCUCCCAUGGGGCCCGCUCAGCUGGAGGUUGAUCAGAUGGAGCCUCCUCCUCCCACAGAGCCUCCUCUUCACAUGGAACCAAGUCCCAAAAAGUCUCCUCGAAAAGAUAAAAAGGAAAAGUCCAACACGCAGAGUGAAAUGGCAUGGAAGGAGCAAGUCCUUAUUGAAGUUGGCUUAGUGCCUGUCAAAGAUAGCCAACUUCUGAAGGAAAGUGCAGGUGCACAGGAUCUCUCACCACCAUCAACACCACCGCCAAAGGAAAACUUAAAAGAAGAGGAGUCAAAAGACCAAAAAUUAUUCACUGAAGGCGAAGGAAGCAAAGAAGGCCCUCUUCAAAAAGUAGAAGAGGCAGAGAAGAGUCUAGCUGGUCUUGCUGCUAUUAUCAAGGAAUCUGCCAAUAUUUCAUCCUCUGAACAAAACUUGACUAUGCCAGAGGGUGAAAUUUUAGAUGUUAAGUGUCAGGCUGACACUGUGCUUUGUGAAAUGGAAAUGGACACUGAUGAGAACAAAACAGAGAAUCCCCCUGGCAAAGACCCAGCAGUUGAAGAACCAGUUUCACCAGUGCUCCUUCCCCUACCAAUAGAAAACCACGAAGCAGUGUCCAAAACUGCUGUGACAUCACCUCCUGUCAUUGUAGCAGUAAAUGAGUCUCAGGAAAUGGAUGAAGAUGAAGGCAUCCACAGUCAUGAUGGAAGUGAUCUAAGUGACAACAUGUCAGAGGGUAGUGAUGACUCUGGAUUGAAUGGGGCCCGGCCAGUUCCACAAGAAACCAACAGGAAAAAUGCAAAGGAAGCCUUGGCAGUCAAAGUGGCUGAGGGAGAUUUUGUUUGUAUCUUCUGUGAUCGCUCUUUUAGAAAGGAAAAAGAUUACAGCAAGCACCUCAAUCGCCAUUUGGUUAAUGUAUACUUCCUUGAAAAAGCAGCUAAAGGGCAGGAGUAAUUAAACUUAGGAUAAGGCUUCAGUUCUUAGUUUAUAAGAUCUAUUACAUUUAAUAUUCAUUUAUAGUUGUAGACAACCUUUUAUUUUUUAAAUUGCUUUAAUUAGUGUCCGAUGUUGAUUUUUAAGUGGCACUCUUUUCCUUAGGUCUCUAUACCUAUUGAUGGAUAAAUUUUAGCAAAUCCAAGGAAGUUAGUGUACUGAACCAGCAGACACCUAAAUCUGUUAGCUUAUACAUUUAAUUGAAAUGAGAAGGCCAAGGUGGUAUUGUAGCAUUCUGUUGCUUUGUCUGGCUGUAACUUGUCACUUUUCUUGCCAUGUCUGUCUUCUUGUUUCACAUUAGUUUUUUUCUUAGUUCUUUGUUUAGUUCUAUAAAAAUUGGCAUACUUAAAUAGCAAAUUACUUGAAGAAUUUGCCUGCUUUAUAUAAAGUUAGCACUUUAAAAUUUUUUUAGAGAUGAGAAGAGACAUUUAAAUUGAAGAAAAAUUCUCCCAACAGUGGACAUUGUAUCAGUCCAGGUAUUUACUUCCUGAGUUUUGAUCAAUAUUUCUUAUUUGUUUAUGUUAAUCGUCAUUAUGAUUUUGGUGUGGUUUUUUUUGUUUUGUUUUUUCGUGGUUUUUUUUGGUGCUUUAAUGGCUUAA